AUGGUACUUCAGCGUUCAAUGCUUGAGUUUAAACAACGUGACGCUCUUCGACGAAUUGGUGAUACAAAGAGUCGAUUGGAAACAGUCUAUGCUAAACAACGACAACUCAAUACAAGUACAGCUAUUAUGGAACAAGAUCGACGUGCAGCACAAUUAAUGUCUAAAAUGAAUGAUAUUGAUAAUCGACGAUCACAAUUAAUGAAUCAACAUAUACGUGAUAAAAUGGAAAAAUCUGAAGACAAGGAAAAUGAAGCUGGGACAAAAGUGAAAAUAAGUCAUAUUGAAAUUGAAGCUAAACAGCAUGAAGAUAAAUUACGAGAUUUAGAAGAUAAAGUAACUAAAAAUGAAGAAAUCGAAUAUAAUAUACGUAAAUCUGUAAAAGAAACAGAAUUUCUACGACGUAAGAAAGAGCAAGAAGUACAAAAAUUGAAAGAAGAUUUAGUAAAAAAGAAACGUGAAGAUGCUAAAAAGAUUCACGAUGCUAUUGCUCGAUGUGAACAAGAAGAACGAGCAUUAGAACGAAUUCUAGCUAAAGAAAAAGCAAAAUUAUUUAAACUGCAAACAAGACGAGAAGAUAAUCAUGAACGUUUAACAAGACAACGUGGACAGAUGCGUGAAAAUAAAGCUUUGUUAAACAUUCAUCAACAGGAACAUGAACGUCUAUUACAAAUUCAAAAUCAAUCACACUCUUUGCAAUCACUUAAUACUAUCUAG